GGGGGUUGUACAGUCCGAAUAAACGCCAAGGGGUGAUAAACAUCGUACGAUUAAUGAGGAAGCCGAUGUCGAGGAUAUCGCGAGUUCACGUGCUCGCGUUGACAGUUGUGAUUGAAUAAAUUUCUGGUGGAUGAACACAAGUUCUUCGAGUGAUUUUUUCUGUGCCUUUUGGAUUCUUCAGCCGGUUCUAAUCACUUAGGAACGGCCUCAAGAUGAUGAAGACAAAGCAUCAGGGCCUUGUGGCCGAUCUCAUGCCCAAUAUAAGAUUGAUGCAGAUCAGUGGACACUUUAUGUUCAAUUACUAUGGAGAGGGCAAGAAACUCAUGCACAAAGUCUAUUGCAGCGUUCACCUGUUCCUAAUCGUCCUUCAAUUUGCGUUAUGCGGGAUAAAUCUGGCGAUGGAAAGUAGUGAUGUUGAUGAUCUUACAGCCAACACCAUCACUGUUCUCUUCUUCUUGCACAGUGUUGUGAAAGUCAUCUACUUCGCUGUGCGAAGUAAAUUGUUCUACCGCACAUUAGCUAUUUGGAAUAAUCCCAACAGUCAUCCAUUAUUUGCUGAGAGCAAUGCGAGGUACCACUCGAUUGCACUUACUAAAAUGCGUAGACUGUUGUUCUGCGUGGGUGCUGCAACAAUUCUAUCUGUCCUGUGCUGGACGGGUAUCACAUUCUUCGAGGAUCCUCACAAAAAGAUCAUUGAUCCCAUCACCAACGAGACCACCAUGGUUGAGAUCCCGAGACUGAUGGUACGGUCGUUCUAUCCUUUUGACGCUCGUCACGGUGUCGCUCACAUAGCAAUGCUUGUAUUCCAAUUUUAUUGGCUUCUCGUUUGUAUGGUCGAUGCUAAUUCCCUGGAUGUUCUUUUCUGCUCGUGGCUUCUCUUCGCUUGUGAACAACUACAGCAUCUGAAAGCGAUCAUGAAGCCCUUGAUGGAACUCAGCGCAACUCUAGACACAGUUGUGCCUAAUAGCAGUGAACUCUUCAAGGCUGGAAGUGCUGAUCACCUCCGAGAAACCAAUGGUACAACUCAGCCGUCAGCAACACCCCAACAAGGGGACAAUAUGCUCGACCUGGAUCUUCGGGGGAUUUACAGUAAUCGCCAGGAUUUCACGGCAACAUUCAGACAAGCAGCUGGAAUGCAAUUCAACGGUGGUGUUGGACCCAACGGAUUGACCAAGAAGCAGGAGAUGCUGGUGAGAAGUGCCAUCAAGUACUGGGUAGAGAGACACAAGCAUGUCGUCAGACUUGUGACAGCUAUUGGAGAUGCUUAUGGAGUUGCUCUUUUGUUCCACAUGCUGAUCACCACUAUUACCCUGACCCUCCUAGCAUACCAAGCCACCAAGGUGAAUGGGGUCAAUGUUUAUGCUGCUACAACUAUUGGAUAUUUGUUGUACUCGCUGGGGCAGGUCUUUCUCUUCUGCAUUUUCGGUAAUCGUUUGAUUGAAGAGAGCUCUUCUGUGAUGGAGGCAGCUUAUUCUUGUCACUGGUAUGAUGGCUCUGAAGAAGCCAAGACCUUCGUUCAGAUUGUGUGUCAGCAGUGCCAAAAAGCCAUGUCUAUAUCCGGGGCUAAGUUCUUCACCGUUUCUUUAGAUCUCUUCGCCUCGGUUCUUGGUGCUGUGGUAACGUACUUCAUGGUGCUGGUACAGCUGAAGUAAAUUAUCGAUAGAGUAAAUUGGGAGGGCUUCAAAACCCGAAUCAAUAUAGGGGCCAGGAAAUUGGGAGAUGGACAAGGGGCUGAAAACAAUUCAAUAACUAAAACCUCAAUUUUCUCAUCGUGCUUUGUCCCUGUGUCGGGCACAUCUUUUUAGAUUUUCUAUUUGAAAUUCUCAACAUCAUUAUUGCGGGAUUAUAGCCAUAUCGUAUUAUCGAUUCGAGAAAAGAAGGAAAUAACAGAGAAAUAUUGUAGGAAUUAUUCUGUCUUCUUUUCUCAUUUAUAUUUAACUUUAAUGAGCGAAGGGAGAUUUAGGGGAUGAUCAGGUGAUCAGGGGUUGAAAGGGGCAUUUUUACUAGGAAUCACGAUUAUUUUAAAUUAAAGUUCUAAGGUGCACGGAGUUUAAUUCUGUAUACAAUCAGCACAUUUGAAAUUUUUUGGGGAAAAAUAUUACGCUAUUUAUAUAUUAUUAUAGAUAAUUUAGUCAAUUUUAUAAGUUAUUGGAACAGAGCGCAAGUUUCAGGCUGUCUCAUUGUGACCGGAAUGUAUUUGUUAUGACAUACAAACAAUUAGGGGUAGAAGUAAUGAAAAUAAUUGCCUUCGAACUGGAAUAAUUAGACAGACCGGAAAAAAACUUGCGUUUUGGUUUUCGCUCUGUUGUGUGUUUUAUUGGUUCCAGGGAAUAUUUGUGAGUGUAAAUAAACAUUAUUAUUGAAUAUUUAGAAGAGAACAU